AUGGUAAAGAAGAACGAAAAGGAUGAAAUUAUCGAUGUCCAACAACAGAGUUAUCGUGCUUUUAAGUUGGUUGAGGUCCAACUAUCAUUUCUUUAUGAUGUUUUGUAUACCAAGGCUCCUGUAAUUUAUUCUCUACCUGGCCUCGUCUUUCGAUCCAUCAGCAUCUUCUCUAUUGUGUCUGCUUUGGUAGCAUUUGUUGUCUUUGUUGACACUAAUCACUUGUCAAAGGUUGAUGUUUGCAUAACAUAUGCCUUAUUUGUUGGUGCCGUUUCACUUGAGCUUUAUGCAUUUAUUUCGCUCAUUCUUUCGGACUGGACUAUGCGAUGGCUAACCAAGAAGAAAAGCUCACUGCAGAGCUUCAUAAUCUGUUGGGCUUCGCAUCAAGGUCGAAAGAGGUGGUCAGGUUGCAUGUCUCAACACAACUUACUGAGCUUUUGCAUGAAGAAGAGGGUAGCAAACUUUAUUGGAAUUGACUUGAUUUUCAGAAUCUACCUUGGGAUUGAAUUGUACUGGCAAAGGCAAUGGAAGCAAGUAGAUAACAAUUUGAAGAAGCUAAUCUUUCAAGAAAUCGAAGAAAGACACAAGGAAUACGAUGAGAGUAGAUUCGACUAUAACCAUCUCAAGGAAUUGCUCUCAUAUAGGGGUAAUCAUGCUCUCACCUUUGAUCAGAUUGGUUGGAGUGUAGAGGUUGAAUUUGGUCACAGCCUCCUCAUUUGGCACAUAGCAACUGAUAUAUGCUAUGAUGCUGCUUCAGAAGAUGAUAAGAACAACAACUACAAUUGCAAAGAGAGCAAGAGUUUAUCGGAUUACAUGCUGUAUGUUCUACUAAUGCGUCCAUUCUUGCUGCCUAAAUGGAUAGACAGGAUCACCCAUGUUCGAGAUUCGUUUAGGGAAGCCAUAAGGAUAUUGCAGCGAAAGCAGUUUCCGGUAAAAGAUUAUGCAGAUGCUUCCAGAAUGCUGAUCCAAAUGUAUAGACAGAGUUAUCAGCCGCUCGAAAAUCAAAGAAGGGACAAGAGUGGCAAGUAUGUGCUGAUUGAGGGCUGCCGUCUUGCUUCGCAGUUACAGGAUCUUGGAUGUUCAUGGGAAAUGAUUUGUAAAGUGUGGAUAGAGAUGUUGACUUAUGCUGCAAGUAAUUGCGAAUGGGGGGUGCACGCGCAGCAGCUUCGGAGGGGAGGAGAAUUGCUCACACAUGUUUGUCUUCUCAUGGCGGAUCUUGGCUUAAACCAACAAUUUGAUAUUGGAAGGCAGGGACUUCAUAAAGAAAGCCAAAAUGAUGGAUGGGGAUGGGUCAAAUGUAAAAUUGUUGAUCCUUAUGGAUACUAG